AUGGCAGCCCCGUACUGGUUCUUCGUGUCUACAGAUUCGGGCCAUAUCCUGAACCGGUUCACGAUUUUGAUUGCGUCCGCCUCCAAGUGGGCUGCCAUGAUGUACCCGGUGCUGUUUUGCGUCUUGUAUAUGUUACAGAAGUUUUACCUCCGAACCUCGCGGCAGAUGCGAUUCCUCGACCUCGAAGCCAAGUCGCCGCCGUAUUCGAAUUUCUUCGAAACCCUUCAAGGACUGGUCACCAUCCGAGAUUUUGGCUAG